CGGAGUCUCCUGCGGGCUCUGCUGGUCACUAAAAUGUGUCUGACGGUGAGAACAUUGAGCAGCAGAAUCAGGAGAAAUGGGACACCCGGGGUUAGAAUGUGGUGGAGGGACUCGAUUGUGACCCAGACACUGGAGACUCGAACAGCGUCUGUUACAUCACAAAACCAGGGGGCGUUCCCCAGCCAAUACCGAGCCCUUCUGGCAACAAAUGGCCACAAACCGAUCAAAGGUGAAAGUGACGGUGAACCAGACAGAGCAGUCAGUGGCUGCAUAAAGCAGGACGGCGUGGAUAUUACACACGGGGACGGAGUACAUCAGGAAAUAAAACUGUUCCCGAUAAACAAUGGGAAUGUGUCUCAGGAUCAGGUCGAGGAUAAUGACCAGGAGAUCCGCCGCUGCCAUGGCCCCCAGAAACAGGAUAAGGGCUUUUACUCAAGAAAAACGGUAAAGAAUGUGAAGAGGCUUCAGUCCCACAACUCCAUUCCACAGAAGCAGCAGUUGAGCACAGACCUAUUGGAGCCUGUUACUGUGGAGCAGGAGGAGGACAUCUACUUUCACACAACAUCGAUUAGGGACACAGGAACAGGAGGCAGUGACUCAACAUGCUCGAGACUGGGACACAGGAACAGGAGGCAGUCAUUCAACUGCUCGUGAAUGGGACACAGGAACAGGAGGCAGUCAUUCAACUCCGCGAGACUGGGUCACAGGAACAGGACGGGGACACAGGAAGAGGAGGCAGUCAUUCAGCUGCUCGAGGCUGGGA